AUGAUAUUACUUGUGAAACUUCCGGUCAAUUGUCUGCUGUUUGCUGACGAUCUAAAGAUUUACACCAGGGUUCACUCUACGUUCGAUCAGCAAGUUCUCCAGCGGUCCCUCACUAGGAUCGAGACGUGGUGUGCUGCCAAUGUUAUGGAGCUGAAUGUCUCCAAGUGCGAAGUGGUGUCUUUUUCUCGUAGUCGAUUUCCAUAUAUCUUUGACUACCGCAUCAAUGGAUUGUUGCUGAGAAGAGUGAACAGUGUUAAGAACCUUGGAGUUGUUUUCACCUCUACACUUGACCCUUUGGAGCAUAUUGAUGGUGUUGUAUCAAGAGCUUACUCCCUCUUGGGAUUCAUCAUGAGAUCGACUAGGAGCUUCAGGUCACCCCAGUCGCUCCUGAUCCUCUACAAGACUCUCGUUCGCCCUUCCUUGAGUAUGGUUCGGUGA